GUUAAAUUCAAACCCAGCACGUUCAAAGUUAACCAGAUCUUUCAUCCCCAUUCUUCAGUCGGUUUAAAUGCAUAGAGUUGCUGCCAUUUGACUGAUUGACUGGGGGAAAAAAAAAUUAGUCUGCACAUGUUUUCAACUGUCUGGGAGCUUGCUCUGUUCCUUAAGGGGCUGAAAUGCAGGAGGAUCAUGCAAAAGCACAGCUUCUGUGGGGAAAAAUCCACUCUCAACCUGAGCAUUUGAAGCUUAUCUGCUCAGAACAAAGUUGCACAAAUCUUUUUGGUGGUGCAGCAUUUUUAAACAAGAUGACCUUCUGAAAAGUAAAGGUUCUGUUUUUGCUAAGGAUAUCACAGUGACGUUGCUGUGUUAGGGAUUCCUGUCAAGAACAUUUAGGCUUGUUUAUAAAAUGACCUCAUUGGUUUUAAAGAUAAAGAUGCAGUAGCUGAUGAGAAAUUAUCAACACACUGCCUGCUUCAGUGAGUUGCUUUCUAUAUAAUUAAAGAUAACUGUGCUGUGUUUUAAUUUAUUACUCUUGAUGUGCUUUAAAAGCUAAGCGUAGGGCAUAAAAUCCUAUGAAGAUGCACUUUAUUUACACUUCAUUUCUCAAUAUAAAAGAGCAGAAGUAAUCAGGCAGUUUUCACCACAAGUAUUUUAUAGACCCUGCAUACCACAUUAUUUAUCUAUCUAUUGGAUACAGAGGACCAAUAUAUGUCUAGAAACAGAGCAUUACUGGAAACCAGUAUAAUAACUAAUCACUUGUGAUGCCUAAAUAGGAUCAAGUGAUUAAAAUAUAGCAUUGAGAAGCUAAUAAAUAACAAAUUGUAUUUCUAUUUUCAGUGACCUAUAGUUUAAUCGAGCUUUAUAAGACUGCAUGCAUCAUGUAUGCAUUUAAAGUACCCUUUGAACUACCAAAAGUGCAGUAUGUACAGGCUCAAGACACAGAAAUGUUUUCUUUACAAGCAAACAUACACCCACUUUGCAUCACACCCUGCUGGUUCCGUACUCGUUCGACAGGUUUUCUCGUCAGCACAAACAACGCCACACCCUCGCAGUUCUCUCACCUCCACUGUCCAGGUGCAGGGAUCACAGAGAGGGGUGGGGGAGGCAAAGGGGAGGAAGGAGGAGGGUCAUUAUCCCCUUUGAGGGUGGAGCAAAAGGGGAGGCGAAGAAAGCGGAUGAAGCAUUUGAAGCUCAUAUUGACAUGUGGCUCUGUAGGCUCCUGUGUGCACAGCCAUGGAUGGUGUGUUGGAAGGCGCGGCUGUGUUGUGUGCAUGUAAACUGGCCUGCAGUCUACUCUUCCUGCCGUCAUUGGCCGACUCCUACAGUGCUGUCAGUUUCUGCUGCUGCUGCCUCCUCGUCUUCACAGACUUCCUGGUCACAGUUUUUCUGAGUUGCCUUUGCAUCUUUGACUCUUGGCUGACUGACUUGACUCCAUCAGGGGAUUUUAUUGCCCUGCGCUUCCUGCUCUUUCUCAGCCAAACCUAUGGAGCGGUGCUGCUGCUGACCGCACCUCUGAUCGCUGUGGAGACUGUGAUCAGACUCCUGUGGCCUUGUGUUGUCGUCCCUCUCAGGACAGCGAGGCGGACAGCAGGCUCUGAUGGACAGUGUUGUGAUGGGAAAGAGGAGGAAGAGGAAGACAGCAGCGGCUCAGAUGAAGACAUACGGUCUCAUGUUGUCGGCUACCUCUGCUGCCUGUCAGUGUGGGUCAUUGUCGCCCUCAAUGUCAGGGGGCAAUGGAAGCUGGAGGAAGUGUGGGCUGCUGCCUGUCUCCACACAAAUAGCUCCCUUGUCAGAUGUCUGCCCAGCCUCUUCAGCCCCAUUCCUAGCGGCAUAAAUCUCUGCUGGUCCAUGGGCUUCUUCCUCCUUCUGCUCCUGCUGACCACGAGCAGCACAGGCCUUCAAAGGAGACGCCAAGGCCAUUCGCUGAUGUUCAGAGUCUUCAAUAAAGGCGACUGUCACUGCCAAGAACUCAUUCCAGAGUCGUCUGCACCCCUCAAGCCUGUAAAACCAGGGAUGUUGGUGUCUGAGCCAGCACAGCAUGUUGACCCAGAGAAAACAGAGAGCAGCUGUACUGUUCAUACAGCCUGGAACAGCUGGCAGAUGUUGACAUGCAACCAUGGAGACUUUGUCCUUAUUUCCCCAAUGUGUUUGUCUGGAAAGAAGGGAAGUCAGGAGCAAGAAAUGGCAAGGAGAGAUGUAUCUGUGGCAUUUAUCACAGAGGAAAACAUGGACUCACAGUGCAGGAGCUGGUGUGGGUGGCGACAGUGGGGUUUUCCCAGCCUCGGGGUGAAUGUAAUGAUAGGGUUGGUAUGUGUGCUCUCCAUAUUUGCGCUGCCUCUCAACCUAAGCGUGAAUGUUGUUCUCGUCAGGACUAUUGAGACUCUGCUGGAGCUGUGUAUCAAAUCUGUACUUUCAUCAAACAUAGCGGCAAACACAAGAGACACGUCUACCUCUGGUGAUGAAACACUCAUUUAACGCCAAACAAAUGGGGAGAGAAAGUGGAACCUGAUUGGUCGCCGUUUGCAACACAGUCAUCAGAUUACAGCUGGCUUGGCUGUUAACACUGGCUUGAAUAGAGCACAAAUGCACAUUUGCGUGCAGCUAUUCACAUGUGAGGAGUAAUAUGUGGAAACUGCUGAUAGCUGUUGAGGAGGCAGGUUGAGGCGUGCUUGGUAGAAAGACACUAAAAACCUCGACUGGAACAGAUGGCUGGAAGGCCUCUCCUUACUAUUCAGAGCUUUGGGAUCUGCCACUAUUUGUCAUUACCCAGUGGGUUACAAAACAAGCCACUCCAGUAUAAAUAAGACUAAUACAGGCGCAAACACUGUUUUGAAAGUUAUGAACGGGAUGAAUUAAUAUGAGUCUCCUGAUGCUCCAUCACAUAAUGCUUGUUUAAAGCUGCAUAUAAAUAAAUGCUGAGUGACUGCAGGGCA